UGUAAUCUUUUUAUUUGGGAUAAUUUAUACGAUAGACCCAUACAUUGAAUCCGAGUUAGAUCACGGCACGAUGAAACUCGUAAGCCAAUGUAGCACUGGUCUGAAUGUUUGUUUUGGAGCUGCGUUGCCACAUUCAAUAUGGCGACGACGUUUCCGUACGAUUCCGGGCCAAGGCGGGGUCAAUGUCUAUUUGACAUCUCGGGUGACGAGGAAGUCGCCACUGACAGCGACUGCGCUCGUUCAGACUCCACUAAUAGCCCUCACCAGUGCACUAGUGCACACCGUCCAGUUCAGUGGAGGGCUGAGCCAACCACUACACUAACCAACCACACGCCCAUCUCUCCCUUUGGCUGGCUGGCAGGCUUGCUGACACCGCGAGCGCGUCAUCGCGUGAGAAUGUUCCGUGGAGCGGAUGGAGGAGCGGAUGGACCGGGCCGCCGCGCUUCGCUGACGCCAGGAGAUCGUUAAAGCGUUGCAGGAUGGACAAGGAGGCGGGCGGCGCGAGCCAAUCAGACCGCGGACCGGCCUCCUCUUCCUCCUCCGAUUCGGCCGCCGCCGGCACACCAACGCCACCCCGCCUCACACCCAACCCCAUGCUGCUGCAGGACUUGCCGGCACCCCCGCAGACGCCCGUCACGUCCUCCCCGCCGCCACCGCUCACUCCCGCGCCAUCCCUCUCCACACCCAAGAUGGCGGCGGCAGCCAGGACUUCCUCCCCUCACGUCCUGGUCCCCGCCCCCCCUAAACUGACCACCACGGCGAGUUCCGCCCUUCGUACGUACGCUCGCCCCAUACUGCCCUGCGCUUCCAAGACCACCGCGCACGUCUCGUCUUCUUCUGUAGGGGGCACCACUUCUUCGCCAUCUUUGUCAACAACCGCCUCUUCAGCCAAAACAUCCAUGGUACUGACCAAUGGGAGCACAAGGAGUGUUCCCGCGCCGACCUCCAACACCAUUACGCCCUUCCACACGCCCGCUAGUCCACCUGGAAGACAGGUGCCACAGCCUCACCCGGCAGGCUCGCCCGGGUCCGCCAGGCACAGGACUUCCCAACAGGCCUUGCUCCUGGGAAAAGGUCUCAAAGGCUCCGGGCAAGAGCAGGUGCUGCUCAGAACUCAGAUGGUGAGCAACGCGGGCACGCCGAGCGGCGCUGUCGGCCGCCGCUUGACAGUGGCCUCUUCUUGUCUCGUGUCCGUUUGUGGCGCGCAGCUUCAGAGCGUGACGCAGAGGCCGCCCCUGCCCGCCGCCUUGGCUGCGCCCCCCUCCCUGCGCCUGAAGCCCCCCGCCUCGGCCCCGCCUCCACUCUCCCGCCCGCAGACGGCGCUCUUCCCUCCUCUGAGGCCACGUCCUCCAACCGCGCCCUGCCGCCACCUGUCGGUACCGCCUCCGACGCUCUACUCGCCGGUGCGAGCCGUCCCUCUGCGCCCCAAACUGCAGUGCGUGCGAGCGCUGUCGCCGUGGGUUUCCGCCGCUCUCCAGACGCAGCCACCGCCGACUGAGAUCGGCGUCCUCCCCGUGACCGUCCCGCCGCUCGCCGCUUCGUCCUCGGAGACACCGCCAUCCGCAUCCAGGCGCCUACAAAUUAUCGCUCUCUCUUCAGCCCGCCCGCCGCAGUCUGUCGCACGGCCGACUUUGAGCAGACGGGAAGCGCUUCCGCUUUCUCAAAGUGUCGCGUCGCCUCCCCGCCGGAAGGACAGCGAGGCUCCGCCGGCGGGCCUCCACGAUGUCCAUGUGACUGAAAAAGACCAAAGACGGGAAGAUGAGGACGAACCAGUCAAGAUGGAGGCGAAGAAGGAAGCUGACCUUCUGGAGAGACAGCAAAUGGAGGUGACGGAAGAAGACCACGGUGACCGGGAACAGCCCAUGGAGCUGCAAGAGGAAGGCGCCGCCGCUGAGGUGCCAUCACCUGUCGCUCGGCCACAAGCGCUCAAAGAGCCGCCGACAGAAUCAAACAUCACCGAGACUGAUCUUCCGGAAGCGCUUCCUGUCCGGCCUCCGGAAGCUUGCGUACGUGCCAUCGAGGCGCCGGAACUUCCUGCAGACGGGACCGGCCAGGAGGAACUCUGUGAACGCGUCACUGACGACAGAGGUGACAUCAUCAACGAGAGCGUGUCGGCGCACUCCGACAACCACUCAGCAUUGUCCAGCCUGUCAUCACAGUCCCCACCCUCGUCUCCGUGGACGGAUCCCGCGUCUCACGCCGCUGCCCAGCCGCUCAACCUCAGCCGGUCGCAACCGGCCGUCGAGAACAGACGUGCGAGCGAAACCGCGACAGAAGCGGAGCCGCCUCCGGACCCAUCGGAAGACGGACCCGAGGACCGAGCAACGGACAGGCCGUGGCAGACCGGGCCGUGGCCUCAAGGCAGAGACGUCUUGACGCACGUGGUCGAAGGCUUCGUCAUACAGGAAGGACUGCAACCCUUUCCUGCGGCGCCAUCGCCGCCGGCGCAGGAAGUGAACGGGAGUAAGACGGCCGUGACGGCGACAGAGGAGGCGACGGAACAUUCUGAACAUUCUACAGACUCGCAAGACGAGGACGGCAAAGACGCGCAACAACAUGGGACACGAGCUUCCCAUUGCGAGCGCACCGUCCUGCACUGCCAGUUCUGCGGCAAGAGAGGCCACGCCCACAACUUCAUGCGCUCCAAACGCUUCUGCUCAACUUCCUGCGCUCGCGGGUUCAACGUACGCCUGACCAAGCGGCUGCGGGCGCUGAGCGCCGGUAGCCGUGGUGACAGGCCGACACGGCCGGUUCUCAACAGGGCGCAAUCUGUGCCGGGCAAACCGCUCCUGCUCAGACUGCCUCGUGAUCUCUGGAGCGCUGGACGUAGAGAGAAGGACGCCAAAGAGGACAAGAAAGUUGUGGUGGCGACGGAGGAGGAGCAUCGCCAAGAAGACGAGGAAGAGGAAGAGGAGGACAUGGAGGCAGCAGGCGAGGAGGAAGAGCAGGAAGACGAAGGGGAGGAGGAACCAGCGGCCGCCGUGUCGACCAGGAUGGAGAGUCCGGCGUCAGAGAGAGUGAGGAUGUCGCCGGCGGCGACCCCAACCACGCCCACGAGCACCUUUAAGCCCGAACCCUCGCAGUGGACUGUCGAGGACGUCACAGCCUUCAUACACACGCUGCCAGGCUGUGGCGAGGUUUCGUCGGCUUUCCGCCUUCAGGAGAUCGACGGGCAAGCGUUGCUGCUGCUGACCGAAGAACAUCUGAUGGGCAGCAUGAACAUCAAACUGGGACCCGCGCUCAAGAUCUGUGCGCACAUCAACGCGCUCAAGAACCUGUAAAGUGGGAAAACGAGGAGCCGAGGCGCAUAAAUUGAAAAAGAACCAAGCGAGUCCUUUUGUCCAUAAGCUGCUGAAGAUUUUCAACAUUUAAUAUAUCAAAUUUGUCUAUUUAGUUUUUUUAGAGUCUGAUGUUCAUGACAAAUCGAUCCUGUAGCUCACUUAACCACUGUGUGUGCGAGCGUGAGUGUGUGUGUAAAAACGGCCAAAUCCAAAUAAUAAUGAAGAUAGGUGACCUUUGUACGUGAUUGCUGAAAAUGUGAUGUUUUUUUUUUUUUGUUUUUUUUUAUAUAUUCUCCACCAACAAAAAAAAAAAAAAAAAAACACUCGGUCACAUUUGUAUGAUAUUCUGCUUGGAAAUAUUCAAUAAAGUGAUUCAUCUUA